GCGCCCCAUGCUCUUGACUUCUCUGUGGGCUCAAGAAAAGACUGUCUCACCUCAGGAUGAACCCUCCUUCAGGGCCAAGAGCACCACUGGACCCCACCCAGGAACCUGGCUGCAUGGGCACCCCAGUCUCAUCCAGCAGGUGGGACAGCUCUGGGAGCAGCACCUCCAGCCCGGACCCACCUCUGCCCCUCAGUCCCACGGCAGCUGGGGCUCAGGCUGCUGCCUGGGUCUCCUUCCCCACCGUCAAUGUUCCGGACUAUGCCCACUACACUCUGGGCACAGUGAUCCUGCUGGUGGGCCUCACGGGGAUGCUGGGCAAUCUGACAGUCAUCUAUACCUUCUGCAGGAGCAGAGGCCUCAGGACACCAGCCAACAUGUUCAUUAUCAACCUUGCCAUCAGCGACUUCCUCAUGUCCUUCACCCAGGCCCCGGUCGUCUUCGCCAGCAGCAUCUAUAAGCGGUGGCUCUUUGGGGAGGCAGGCUGUGAGUUCUAUGCCUUCUGUGGGGCUCUCUUUGGCAUCACCUCCAUGAUUACCCUGACGGCCAUCGCCCUGGACCGAUACCUGGUGAUCACGCGCCCACUGACCACCAUUGGGGUGGUGUCCAAGAGGCGGGCGGCGCUUGUCCUGCUGGGCGUCUGGCUCUACGCCCUGGCCUGGAGUCUCCCACCCUUCUUUGGCUGGAGUGCCUACGUGCCCGAGGGGCUGCUGACCUCCUGCUCCUGGGACUACAUGAGCUUCACGCCGUCGGUCCGAGCCUACACCAUGCUGCUCUUCUGCUUUGUGUUCUUCCUGCCCCUGCUUGUCAUCAUCUACUGCUACGUCUUCAUCUUCAGAGCCAUUCGGGAGACAGGCCAGGCUCUCCAGACUUUCGGAGCCUGUGAGGGCCGCAGCGAAUUACCCCGGCAGCGGCAGCGGCUGCAGAGUGAGUGGAAAAUGGCCAAGAUCGUGCUGCUGGUCAUCCUUCUCUUCGUGCUCUCCUGGGCCCCCUACUCCACGGUGGCCCUGAUGGCCUUUGCUGGGUAUGCACACGUCCUGACACCCUACAUGAACUCCGUGCCGGCCGUCAUUGCCAAAGCCUCUGCUGUCCACAACCCCAUCAUUUACGCCAUCACCCACCCCAAGUACAGAAUGGCCAUAGCCCAGCACCUGCCCUGCUUAGGCGUGCUGCUGGGUAUAUCAGGGCAGCGUGCUGGCUCGUACACCAGCUACCGUUCAACCCACCGCUCCACACUGAGCAGCCAGGCCUCGGAUCUCAGCUGGAUCUCUAGACGGAAGCGCCAGGCGUCUCUGGGCUCUGAAAGUGAGAUGGGCUGGACAGACAUGGAGGCAGCAGCUACAUGGGGGGCUGCCCAGCAAGCGAGUGGCCGGUCCCCCUGCAGUCAGGGCCUGGAGGAUGUGGAAGCCAAGGUCCCACCCAAGCCCCAGGGACAUGAAGCAGAGGAUCCCAGGAAGACCAAGGGGCUGCUCCCUAGCCUGGACGCCAGGAUGUAG